AUGUCUCUUGCUGCACGCGAUUGUAGCGACGAAGGGGUGGAAGCUUGCGAGACGCUCCUCUCGGCGGGGCUUGGGGACCAGGUCCUUGCUGUGGCCGACGCAAGCAUACGAAGCCCGCCUCGAGUCAUGGUGGUCAAGCAGCUCGAGACUUCGACCCGCUUGCAUAGAGGCAAUAACAUCGACGGCAGUGUGACUAUUGAUCUUGGCUAUCUGAAGGCUACGACAUACAACACAGAGACAGGUAUCGCCUCGAUCGAGCCUGCUUCUAGAUGGGGUGAUGCAUUUCUCGCACUUGAAAGGUCUGGUGUUGCCGUGCCCAGCGGACGCGAUGGAAAUGUUGGCAUCGGUGGUUUCCUGACUGGCGGGGGCAAUUCGUACUACACUGGCCUGUACGGCUUCGGCUGCGAUAGUGUUGUCAAUGCCGAAAUCGUUUUGGCCGACGGCAGUAUCAUCAAUGCCAACAAGUACAGUCAUCCUGACCUCCUCAAGGCGCUCAAGGGUGGCUGGGGCAACUUCGGUAUCGUCACUCGCUUCGAUCUCGAAACAUUCCCUUCGAAGCCUUUGUGGGGAGGUAUACGUGCAUCAGAGAACUCUCACACAGCGGCUGUCGGGGCUGCCAUGGUGAACUUCACAGCAAAUUACCACAAGAAUCCAGAGGCUGCGUACCUUAUCAAUUUCACCUACAAUCCUGGAAUGUCUCCAGACAUCCUUGUUGCCCAAGUCGUCGUUGACACGAGUGGCAAAGAGGCACCUCCGGCUUUUGACCAAGCCUUGGCAGUGCCAGAGCUCUUCAACGACAUCAAGAUCCCAUCCAUGGGUAGCAUGUCAAAUGACUACCUUCUGCCUCCUAGCCUACACAAUGUCUGGUUUACCUUGACUUUCAAGAAUGAUGAGCGUGUCAUUCAAAAGUCUGCUGAGCUGCACGAGAAACUCGUAGCCGAGAUGCUCCAGACUGUGUCGACGAACGAGCUGGGCACCCAGAAUCUUUUCCAGCCCAUUCCAAAGUUUUUCGCCGAGAUCGGGGAGUUUCGUCGUGGUAAUGUCCUCGGUCUCGACCAGGGAUUGGAGAUGAAAGCAGCCCUGGAGGAGUUUGCCAAAUCGAUUGACGCGCUUCAACCAUGGGUCUACAUCAAUUAUGCUGAUCCCACGCAAGACCCAAUCUCGAGUUAUGGCAAAGCCAACGUUGAGUUCUUGCAGAAGGUUUUGGCGAAGUAUGACCCCACUGGUAUGUUCCAGCGCAGAAUGAGAAGUGGAUUCAAGCUUCCGACUGCUGCCAACUAG